GGACCUAGGAGAGGCAGAGCUAGAGGUGGUGACAGGAUGGACGAGAGUGGCAAAGCGGCUGGUCCCAGUUGUGCUGGUGGGGGUAGAGCACCGGAGAGCUGGAGCUUUGGCAUCGGGAGUUGCUGGCAGGUUUGGAGGGAGGUGGAAAAGAGAUGAAGCCAAUGAAGAAGACGUGCACAGGACUUGCAGGUCCUGGCAGCGGUGGCAGGUCCCCCCCAGCCACCCGAGCCAAGGCCCUGAGGAGGCGGGGGGCCGAAGAGAGUGACAAGCCAGAGGAAGAAGAGGAUGAGACGCAGCAGCAGCCGCCGCCGCCGCCGCCUCCAGGGCCAGAAGAGGCUGAAGAAGGUGAGGAGGAGGCUGAGCGGGGCCCCAGGGCAGAGGGGCUGCCCUCCGAGUUGCAUCCCGAUGACCAGACCUCAGGCCCAGCAGAGGACCCUAAAGUAGAGGGAGAGACCGGCCGCUGGGAGCCGUCACUCAGCCGAAAGACGGCCACGUUCAAAUCACGCGCGCCCAAGAAGAAGUAUGUCGAGGAGCACGGGACUGGCGGCGGGACAGCGGGGGGCCCUGAAGAGCAGACACGGACUCCUGAGGAGGCCGGUGCCCUGGGGGUGCCUCCCCGGCCCCCCACCUCCACCCGCUCCUCGUCCACCGACACAGCCAGUGAGCACUCGGCAGACCUGGAGGACGAGCCGGCUGAAGCUGGGGGGCCAGGCCCCUGGCCCCAGGGUGGCUCUGGGGGUGGCUGUGACCUGCGGCAGCUGCGGUCCCAGCGUGUGCUGGCCCGCCGUGGUGAUGGCCUCUUCCUGCCCGCUGUGGUGCGCCAGGUGCGCCGCAGCCAGGACCUGGGGGUACAGUUCCCUGGCGACCGAGCCCUAACUUUCUACGAGGGGGCGCCUAGAGGUGGCGGUGGCGUUGAUGUGGUUUUAGAUGCCACGCCGCCCCCAGGCGCCCUGGCAGUGGGCACGGCCGUCUGUACCUGCGUGGAGCCCGGCGUGGCGGCCUACCGUGCCGGCGUGGUGGUAGAGGUGGCCACCAAGCCGGCUGCCUACAAGGUCCGCCUCAGCCCGGGGCCCAGCUCCCAAGCAGGCACCCCUGUUGGCCCGCCCCAGGUCCCCCAGCCCUCUCACCGCGAGGCCGAGGAGACCGUGUGGGUGGCCCGCUCUAGCCUGCGCCUGCUGCGGCCCCCCUGGGAGCCAGAGACCCUGCCAAGAAAGCCCCCCACAGGCCCAGAGGAGGAGCAAGCUGAGCCCGGAGCUCCCCUGCCUUCCUGCCCUGCAGCCCUGGACCCCAAGCAGCCCGAGGAUGCUGAGGUCUCCAAGAUCAGUUUUGGAGGCAACCUAGGAACCUGCGAGGAGGGCGAGGAGAAGCAUCCGCCAGCGCUGGGCACCCCGGCCCUGCUGCCUCUGCCCCCGCCCCAGCUCCUGUCACCGCCCCCCAAGUCGCCAGCCUUCGCAGGCCCCGGGCGCCCUGGUGAGCAGCCAUCGCCCUGCCAGGAGGGCAGCCAGGGUGGCAGCCGGAGCAGCAGUGUGGCCUCCCUGGAGAAGGGCGCGGCACCGGCUGCCCGGGCCCGCACCCCGCUGACAGCCGCACAACAGAAGUACAAGAAGGGUGAUGUCGUCUGCACACCCAACGGCAUCCGCAAGAAGUUCAACGGCAAACAGUGGCGCCGGCUGUGCUCCCGGGAUGGCUGCAUGAAGGAGUCGCAGAGGCGCGGCUACUGCUCCCGGCACCUGUCCAUGCGGACGAAGGAGAUGGAGGGCCUGGCGGACAGUGGUCCUGGAGGUGCUGGGCGGCCUGCUGGUGUGGCGGCCCGGGAAGGCAGCGCGGAGUUUGACUGGGGGGACGAGACAUCGCGGGACAGCGAGGCCAGCAGCGUGGCCACCCGGGGGGAUUCGCGACCGCGCCUCGUGGCCCCCGCCGACCUGUCCCGCUUUGAGUUUGAUGAGUGCGAGGCGGCAGUGAUGCUCGUGUCGCUGGGCAGCUCGCGCUCAGGCACCCCGUCCUUCUCCCCCGUGUCCACGCAGUCCCCCUUCUCGCCAGCCCCGUCCCCCUCGCCCUCACCACUCUUCGGCUUUCGCCCUGCCAAUUUCAGCCCCAUCAACGCUUCACCUGUGAUCCAGCGCACGGCCGUACGCAGCCGCCACCUGAGUGCCAGCACCCCAAAGGCCGGCGUGCUGACACCGCCUGACCUGGGCCCCCACCCACCACCGCCCGCCCCACGAGAGCGCCAUUCCUCCGGCAUCCUGCCCACCUUCCAGACCAACCUGACGUUCACCGUGCCCAUCAGCCCCGGGCGGCGGAAGACGGAGCUGCUGCCGCACCCAGGAGCUUUGGGGGCUCCAGGCCCUGGAGCUGGAGGGGCUGCCCCUGACUUCCCGAAGAGUGACAGCCUAGACUCGGGCGCGGAAGCUGUGUCUCACACGCCGACGCCCUCCACUCCGGCUGGCUUCCGGUCUGUGUCGCCCGCAGUGCCCUUCUCCCGAUCCCGACAGCCCUCACCGUUGCUGCUGUUGCCACCCCCUGCCGGCCUGACCUCUGACCCGGGCCCCUCUGUGCGGAGGGUGCCCGCUGUGCAGCGGGACUCGCCUGUCAUCGUCCGCAACCCCGACGUGCCACUGCCCUCCAAGUUCCCAGGAGAGGUGGGAGCUGCCAGUGAGUCGCGGGCUGGAGGCACUGGACGGGGCUGCCGAGAGACCCCAGCGCCCCCCGGAGUGGCCAGUGGGAAGCCUGGACUGCCCCCUCCUCUGCCAGCCCCGGUGCCCAUCACCGUGCCUCCCGCCGCGCCAACCGCUGUGGCCCAGCCGAUGCCCACCUUUGGCCUGGCAUCCUCGCCCUUUCAGCCGGUGGCCUUCCACCCCUCCCCUGCUGCCCUGUUGCCCGUCUUGGUGCCUAGCAGCUAUACCAGCCAUCCUGCACCCAAGAAGGAGGUGAUCAUGGGCCGACCUGGGACAGUGUGGACGAACGUGGAGCCUCGCUCUGUGGCCGUGUUCCCCUGGCACUCCCUCGUCCCCUUCCUGGCCCCCAGCCAGCCCGACCCCUCUGUGCAGCCAAGUGAGGCCCAGCAACCUGCCAGCCACCCCGUGGCCUCCAACCAGAGCAAAGAACCUGCUGAGUCUGCAGCCGUUGCCCAUGAGCAGCCUCCAGGUGGGCCCGGCAAUGCUGAUCCCGGGCGGCCUCCCGGAGCAACCUGCCCUGAGAGCCCAGGGCCCCCGCACACUUUGGGAGGGGUGGACCCUGGAAAGGGCCCUCCUCCUACCACAGAAGAAGAGACCCCUGGGCCCCCGGGAGAGUCGCGGCUGGACAGUGAGACAGAAAGUGACCAUGAUGAUGCUUUCCUCUCCAUCAUGUCUCCGGAGAUCCAGCUGCCUCUGCCUCCGGGGAAGCGGCGGACCCAGUCCCUCAGUGCCCUGCCCAAGGAAAGGGACUCCUCCUCCGAGAAGGAUGGACGCAGCCCCAACAAGCGCGAGAAGGAUCACAUCCGGAGGCCCAUGAAUGCCUUCAUGAUCUUCAGCAAGCGGCACCGGGCCCUGGUGCACCAGCGUCACCCCAACCAGGACAACCGGACCGUCAGCAAGAUCCUGGGCGAGUGGUGGUAUGCCCUGGGGCCCAAGGAGAAGCAGAAGUACCAUGACCUGGCCUUUCAGGUCAAGGAAGCCCACUUUAAGGCCCACCCAGACUGGAAGUGGUGCAAUAAGGACCGCAAGAAGUCCAGCUCCGAGGCCAAGCCCCCGAGCCUGGGGCUGGCAGGAGGGCACAAGGAGGCACGGGAGCGGAGCAUGUCGGAGACGGGCACUGCUGCUGCCCCUGGAAUGUCCUCUGAGCUCCUGUCCGUCGCCGCCCAGACGCUCUUGAGCUCAGACACCAAGGCCCCGGGGAGCGGCUCCUGCGGGACUGACCGUCUGCACACAGUUGGGGGGCCUGGCUCAGCCCGGCCACGGGCCUUCUCCCACAGUGGGGUGCACAGCCUGGACGGUGGGGAAGUAGACAGCCAAGCACUCCAGGAGCUGACUCAGAUGGUGUCCGGCCCUGCGUCCUACUCCGGCCCAAAGCCUUCUGCCCAGUAUGGGGCGUCAGGCCCCUUCGCCGCUCCUGGUGAGGGAGGGGCCCUGGCAGCCAGUGGGCGACCCCCGCUGCUACCCACCCGAGCUUCUCGUUCGCAGCGUGUGGCCAGUGAAGAUAUGACCAGCGAUGAGGAACGGAUGGUCAUCUGUGAGGAGGAAGGGGAUGACGAUGUAAUUGCUGACGAUGGCUUCAGUGCCACCGACAUUGACCUCAAGUGCAAGGAGCGGGUGACUGACAGUGAGAGUGGAGACAGCUCUGGGGAGGACCCAGAGGGCAACAAGGGCUUUGGCCGGAAGGUGUUCUCACCCGUGAUCCGUUCCUCCUUUACCCACUGCCGUCCUCCGAUGGACCCCGAACCCCCAGGACCCCCAGAUCCUCCUGCAGCCUUUGGCAAAGGCUACGGUUCCGCCCCAUCUUCCUCCUCACCUGCCGCUGCCUCCGCCUCUGCUGCCUCUUCCUUCCCACUGGGCUCAGGAUCCUUCAAGACCCAGGAGUCCGGACAGGGCAGCACUGGUGGCCCUCUCCGGCCGCCACCCGCCGGGCCUGGGGGCCCACCCGCCCCUUCCAAGGCCACCCGCUUCCUCCCAGCUGAUACCGCCCCUUUCCGGCGCAAGAGACCUGAGAGUGUGGGGGCCUUGGAACCACCAGGUCCCUCAGUCAUUGCGGCACCUCCCGGUGGAGGUGGCAGCAUCCUGCAGAGCCUGGUCCUGCCCCCGAGCAAGGAGGAGCGGGAGGGCAGUGGUGCCCGCAUGCCCUCAGCUCCAGCCCCAUCGCUGGCCUAUGGGGCUCCCGCAGCCCCCCUGUCCCGCCCGGCUGCCACCAUGGUCACCAAUGUGGUGCGGCCCGUCAGCAGCACUCCUGUGCCCAUCGCCUCCAAGCCCUUUCCCCCCUCCGGCCGGGCAGAGGCGGCUCCAAGUGACUCGGCAGGUGCUAGGACUGAGACCUCUGGGUCCCGGGCUCCCGGAGGCUCCCCACUGGGCGUCAGCUUGGUGUACUCAGACAAGAAGUCAGCAGCCGCCACCUCACCAGCCCCGCAUCUGGUUGCUGGACCCCUGCUGGGCACUGUGGGGAAGGCACCUGCCACUGUCACCAACCUACUGGUGGGCACCCCAGGCUAUGGGGCCCCAGCGCCCCCUGCUGUCCAGUUCAUUGCCCAGGGAGCUCCUGGCAGUGGGGCCAGUACUGGUUCAGGAGCAGUUGCUGGGAGUGGCCCCAAUGGGCCAGUGCCUUUGGGCAUUCUGCAGCCAGGUGCUCUGGGCAAGGCUGGGGGCAUCACCCAGGUGCAGUACAUCCUGCCUACACUGCCCCAGCAGUUGCAGGUGGCUCCCACCCCUGCACCAGCCCCUGGGACCAAGGCAGCAGCUUCUGGUGGCCCCGUGCCCACCACCAGCAUCCGUUUCACCCUCCCACCGGGUACCUCCACCAACGGCAAAGUCCUGGCCGCCACCGCACCUACGCCCGGCAUCCCCAUCCUGCAGUCUGUCCCGUCUGCUCCACCCCCCAAAGCCCAGUCCCCCGGUGGUUCUGCCCAGCUGCUACCUGGGAAGGUCUUGGUGCCCCUGGCCACUCCCAGCGUGUCAGUGCGGGGCAGCGGGGCCGGCCAGCCCCUGCCCCUGGUGAGCCCACCCUUCUCGGUUCCUGUGCAGAACGGCGCACAGCCCCCCAGCAAGAUCAUCCAACUGACUCCAGUGCCCGUGAGCACCCCCAGCGGCCUGGUGCCGCCCCUCAGCCCAGCCACGCUCCCCGGACCCACCUCGCAGCCCCAGAAAGUCCUGCUGCCUUCCUCCACCAGGAUCACCUAUGUGCAGUCGGCGGGAGGGCACACGCUGCCCCUGGGCACCAGCCCCACAUCCAGCCAGCCUGGCACCGUCACCUCGUACGGGCCCACGAGCUCCGUUGCCCUCGGUUUCACCUCUCUGGGGCCCAGUGGCCCUGCCUUCGUGCAGCCCCUGCUUUCAGGCCAAGCCCCGCUGCUGGCACCUGGCCAGGUGGGCGUGUCACCUGUACCCAACCCCCAGCUGCCCCCCACUUGCACGGCCUCCGGGGGUCCUGUCAUCACAGCGUUUUACCCUGGCAGUCCUGCUCCCACCUCCUCAGCACCCCUGGCCCAGCCGUCCCAGGCCGCCCCUGGUCUAGUCUACACUGUGGCCACCAGCACCACCCCACCUGCUGCCGCCAUCCUGCCCAAGGGCCCGCCGGCCCCUGCCACUGCCACCCCAGCUCCCACCAGCCCUUUCCCAAGUGCCACAGCAGGCUCCAUGACAUACAGCUUAGUGGCCCCCAAAGCCCAGCGACCUGUGCCCAAGGCCCCCCAGAAAGUGAAGGCAGCCAUCGCCAGCAUUCCUGUGGGCUCCUUCGAGGCAGGUGCCCCUGGGCGGCCUGGCCCAGCAGCCCGGCAACCCCUGGAGCCCGGCCCUGCUCGGGACACCCCAGUCCCCGAAACUGAGCUGGAGGGACAGCCAACGACCCCAGGUCCCCCACACCCCCCAGAGGCCUGGCCACCUGCGACUCGGAGCAGUCCCCCACCUCCCCCAGCUGCUGAAGAGCGGGGUGGCACCAAGGGCACCGAGAGCAUGGCCAGCAAAUUCCCCAGCUCAUCUGCCGACUGGCGCGUCCCUGGGAUGGGCCUCGAGACCCGUGGGGAGCCCCCCACCCCUCCCAGUCCCGCCCCAGCUCCAGCCCUGGCCGCGGGAAGCAGCAGCAGUGGCAGCGGCAACAGUGAGGGCAGCAGCGGGAGGGCAGCUGGGGACACCCCUGAGCGCAAGGAGCCCACGGGUCCUGGCAAGAAGGUGAAGGUGCGGCCCCCGCCCCUGAAGAAGACCUUUGACUCUGUGGACAACAGGGUCUUGUCCGAGGUGGACUUUGAAGAGCGCUUCGCCGAGCUGCCCGAGUUUCGGCCUGAGGAGGUGCUUCCCUCGCCCACCCUCCAGUCUCUGGCCACCUCCCCGCGCGCCAUCCUGGGCUCCUACCGCAAGAAGAGGAAGAACUCCACUGACCUGGACUCAGCCCCCGAGGACCCCACUUCACCCAAACGCAAGAUCCGGAGACGCUCCAGCUGCAGCUCGGAGCCCAACACCCCCAAGAGCGCCAAGUGCGAAGGGGACAUCUUCACCUUCGACCGCACAGGAACAGAAGCCGAGGAUGUCCUGGGGGAGCUGGAAUACGAGAAGGUGCCCUACUCCUCCCUGCGGCGCACCCUAGACCAGCGCCGCGCCCUGGUCAUGCAGCUCUUCCAGGACCACGGCUUCUUCCCCUCUGCCCAGGCCACGGCCGCCUUCCAGGCCCGCUACGCAGACAUCUUCCCCUCCAAGGUGUGUCUGCAGCUGAAGAUCCGCGAGGUGCGCCAGAAGAUCAUGCAGGCUGCCACGCCCACGGAGCAGCCUCCUGGCGCUGAGGCCUCCCUGCCUGGACCACCCCCCGCGGGUGCCACCGCAGCCCCUGGCCCCACUCCCAGCCCCGCAGGAGGCCCUGACCCCACCUCGCCUGGCUCGGACUCUGGCACAGCCCCGGCCGCCCCACCGCUGCCUCCCCCGCCUGAGCCAGGACCUGGGCAGCCCGGCUGGGAGGGCCCCUCCCAGGCAUCCCCGCCACCACCUGGCUCCUCUACAGCUGCCACAGGCAGGUGAGGGGCCCUUGAAGACCCCAGGACCCGCAGCAGCCCCCCUCAGGACACGGACAGUAUGAAGGUGGCAGGAGUGGGGGGCAGGACGGUUCCCUCCUCCCGAUAAAGCCAUUUCGUCCUUCCCUGUUUGGGGCGGAAUGAGCCCUGCUCCUCUUCUCUCCCCCGGCUCCCUCUGUGAUAGGGAGGGGGGUCCGGGGGGACCCACUGAGAAGCAGGGUGCCGGCUCCCUGUACCGAGCCCCUUACAUAACCUGGAGUGUGUGACCUUCAGACCUUUUCACUUGUACUUUAUGCAAAAUGGCUCGUGUGAGGGCUGCAAGCUGGAGGGCAGUGCAGGCCGUGAGCCACAGGGAGGCACCUGUGGAGGAGGGGGGAGUUCACGUACCCCCUUUUCCCCAGAGGGGCUGGACUCAGGUUAGUUUUGGGGGGUGGGGACUCCUGCACUUUGCCACAGGCAUGGGGAGGGCCAACUCCCCACCCCGCCCCUGCCCUUCUGACUUGGGUUGUACUUUCUAAGAAGGUGAUUCCCUACCCUUGUCCCGUCCCCCGAACAAGACAUGUUGAUCAUGUGCAAUAUUUCUUACUGUGCCGAGAAGCCGCAAUGACCGAGAUUAAAGCUGUUUAACACAA